UUUUUUCUUUUCUUUUUUCUUUUAAUCUUUAUACAAUAAAUAAUUAAAAUGGUUGAAGCUGUUGCUGAUAUUGGUCUCAUUGGUUUGGCUGUCAUGGGUCAAAACCUCAUCUUAAACAUGAAUGAUCACGGUUAUACCGUCUGUGCCUACAACCGUACUACUUCCAAGGUUGAUGACUUCUUGAACAACGAAGCCAAGGGUACUAAGAUUGUUGGUGCUCACUCCGUUGAAGAACUCUGUGCCAAGUUGAAGCGUCCCAGAAAGGUUAUGUUGCUCGUCAAGGCUGGUUCUGCUGUCGAUGCUUUCAUUGACCAAUUGUUGCCUUACCUCGAAGAAGGUGAUAUCAUCAUCGAUGGUGGUAACUCUCACUUCCCUGACUCUAUCCGUCGUGCUAAGGAAUUGGAACAAAAGGGUAUCCUUUUCGUCGGUUCUGGUGUCUCUGGUGGUGAAGAAGGUGCCCGUUUCGGUCCUUCUUUGAUGCCUGGUGGUAACCCCAAGGCCUGGCCUGCUAUCAAGAACAUCUUCCAAGAUAUCUCUGCUAAGGCUCCCGAUGGUGCUCCUUGUUGUGAAUGGGUUGGUGAAACUGGCGCUGGUCACUACGUCAAGAUGGUUCACAACGGUAUUGAAUAUGGUGACAUGCAAUUGAUUUGUGAAGUUUACCAAAUCAUGAAGGAAGGUCUUGGUAUGUCUCACGAAGAAAUGGCUUCUACUUUUGAAGAAUGGAACAAGGGUGAAUUGGACUCUUUCUUGAUCGAAAUCACUCGUGAUAUCCUCAAGUACAAGGACACUGAUGGUAAGCCAUUGGUUGAAAAGAUCCUUGAUACUGCUGGUCAAAAGGGUACUGGUAAGUGGACUGGUAUUGACUCUCUUGACCGUGGUAUUCCUGUUACCUUGAUUGGUGAAGCUGUCUAUGCUCGUUGUCUCUCCUCUUUGAAGGGUGAACGUACUCGUGCCUCCAAGAUCUUGAAGGGUCCUACUCCCAAGUUCGAAGGUGACAAAGCCAAGUUCGUUGCUCAACUCGGUCAAGCCCUUUACGCUUCCAAGAUUGUCUCUUACGCUCAAGGUUUCAUGUUGAUGCGUCAAGCUGCCAAGGAUAACAGCUGGAACUUGAACAAUGCCGGUAUUGCCUUGAUGUGGCGUGGUGGUUGUAUCAUUCGUUCUGUCUUCUUGGGUAAGAUCAAGGAUGCUUACACCAACAAUCCCGAACUCGAAAACUUGUUGUUCGACCCCUUCUUCCAAAAGGCUACUGAAGAUGCUCAAGAAUCCUGGAGAGCCGUCAUUGCCACUGCUGUUCAAAUGGGUAUCCCUACUCCUGCUCUUUCUACUGCCUUGAACUUCUACGAUGGUCUCCGUCACGAAGUUCUCCCUGCUAACCUUCUCCAAGCUCAACGUGAUUACUUUGGUGCUCACACUUACGAACUUUUGGAAUCUCCCGGUAAGCACGUCCACACCAACUGGACUGGUAAGGGUGGUAACGUUUCUGCCUCUACCUAUGAUGCUUAAAUGUCUAUACAUACUUUUUGAUUUAUUUUUCUUUUGUAUUUUUACAUUAUCAUUCUCGACAUUCUGUAAAGUUUAAGAAACACGAAAACAAAAAAAAAAGCAAAAGCUUUUUUUGUUAAUAAAGACUUUCGAAUAUUUUUUUUCUCAAUACCACUUCAA